AUGAGCAGCAUCGAGUCCGAACUGGACGCCAUCGUCUUUGACGAGCACGAGAUUGAAGAGAUAGGAAAGAGUUUUGUGCAGGGCAUCUGCAAGGGAGCUAAAAGGCCCAUUUUCAGCGUAAAUUUCAACAAAGCAUCGGGGCCUGGGGGCUCUCCUGGAGCCGUUGAAGCUUUCCCUGAGCCAGGAAACUCUAUCGUGCAGGCUCCCAUAGAAAGCGCAGAAGUUGGCGCGCAGUGCGCAGAAAUUAGUGUGGUGUUUGCGCCAAUUAGCGCAGACUGUGUAGAAAGUAGCGCAAUGUUUACGCCAAUUAGUGCAGAAUGUGUAAAAAAUAGUGAUAAAAAUCCAGAACUUAGUGUACAGUGUGCAGAAAAUAAUGCGUCCUGUGGGGGCUCCCAAAGUGUUCCAGAACUUAGUGCACAGCGUGUAAAAAGCAGUGGCAAGCCCCCAGGAGCUAGUGCACAGCAUGUAAAAAACAGUGCAGUGUUUACGCCAAUUAGUGCACAGUGUGUAAAAAAUAGUGGCGAAAGCCCAGAGCGCAGUGCGCAAUGCGCAGAAAGUAGCAUGCCCCGUGGAAGUUCCCGGAGUGCACCAGGAGUUGGCACGCAGUGUGUAGAAAAUAAUGCGGGGCUUGCACCAGAUAGUGCACAGUGUGUAAAAAAUAGUGGCAAAAUCCCAGGACUUAGCGCGCAGAGCGUAAAAAGCGGCGGUGAGCCCCAGACAAAGGGCGACAAGACCCCGGAAAAGACAGGAAUGUCCAAAAUCGCCUCCCCACUGGGCGACUCCACGAACAGGCACCGCCUCUCCCCGACUCUUACAAGAGCUUCCACGCACACUCCCCUCCACUGGACCCGAAAAGUUUGUAUCGAAAAAUCAGAAACUCACACCGAAAACCCGCCAAAACCAAUUCUUCCUGCGAUAGGAACAGGCCCAAGCGACAGCAUUUGGCGGGUUUCAGUCCACACGGUUUUCCACCUUUUGCAGACAGGCCAGUUCCUUCUUGUGGACUGCCGGUUUGCGUACGAGUUCGAGGGCGGGCAUAUCCACACGGCCCUUAACAUAAGCUCGAAAAAAGAUAUGAAUUUCCUUUUCCGGAAAUUAUUGCACAAAAAAGAAAAAAAGAAAUUUGUGAUAAUUUUAUACUGUGAAUACUCCUCGGUUCGCGCCCCAAGAAUGGCACUUUUUUUGCGAAAUCAGGACCGGCUGCAAAGCACAUAUCCGGAGCUGCUUUUUCCGAACGUGUACGUGAUGGAGGGCGGGUACAAGGACUUCUUCCGCUCUUACCCGGAAAUGUGCGUUCCCAGAAACUACACGCCGAUGUAA